AUGGUGACUAUAGACCGCAAAGGUACUUUUAAAGUUGAAUAUCUUCAAGAUAUUGAGAAAAAUGUUCAAGGACGAUGGGAGAGAGAGAAUAUUUUCGAAGUUGAAGCACCAACUGAUGGCAAACAGCAUGAAAAGUUUAUGUGCACAUUUCCUUACCCAUACAUGAAUGGACGCUUGCAUUUGGGUCACACAUUUUCACUAUCAAAGUGUGAGUUUGCCACCAGAUAUUACAGACUUAAAGGAAGGAUGGUACUGUUUCCAUUCGGUUUCCAUUGUACAGGAAUGCCAAUUAAAGCAUGUGCAGAUAAGUUGAAAAGAGAAAUGGAAACCUAUGGUUGCCCUCCCAUAUUUCCUGAAGACCAGGAUAUGGUAGCAAACGAUGAAGACGAUCUUGCACCUAAAGAUAAAAGUAAAGGAAAGAAAAGUAAAGCUAUGGCAAAGACAGGAAGCUCAAAGUAUCAAUGGCAGAUUAUGCAGAGCUUAGGUAUCCCAGAAGAAGAAAUUAAGGAAUUUGCUAAUGAAAGCUACUGGCUGGAAUAUUUUCCGCCUAAAGCUGUGUCGGAUUUAAAAAGAAUGGGAAUUCAUGUUGACUGGCGCAGAAAGUUUAUAACAACUGAUGCAAACCCGUUCUAUGAUUCAUUUGUAAGGUGGCAGUAUUACCUUUUAAAAGAACGCAAGAAGAUAAUGUAUGGGAAGCGUUAUACAAUAUUCUCUCCAUUGGAUAAACAACCUUGUAUGGAUCAUGACCGAAGUACUGGUGAAGGUGCUGGACCUCAAGAGUACACCUUAAUAAAACUCGAGGUCGUAAGGCCAUUUCCGGACAUCUUAAAAUCUUUUGGAGAUAAAACAAUUAGUUUAGUUGCUGCUACACUAAGACCUGAAACAAUGUAUGGACAGACUAAUUGCUGGGUACAUCCUGAGAUUAAGUAUAUCGCCUUUGAGACUGUCAAUGAUGGGAUCUUUAUAUGUACUAAGCGUGCAGCAAGAAAUAUGUCCUACCAAGGCUUCACAGAAAAAGAUGGAGAUUUUAAAGUUGAGAUGGAAAUCCUUGGCCAAGAUCUUCUAGGUGUUGCUUUGAAAUCUCCAAUGACAUGUUAUCCUAAAAUAUUUUCAUUACCAAUGUUGACCAUAAAACAAGAUAAAGGAACGGGAAUUGUAACCAGUGUCCCAUCGGACUCCCCCGAUGAUUAUGCAGCUCUAGUAGAUCUUCAAAAAAAAGCUGCAUUUAGAGAGAAAUAUGGUAUUAGAGAUGAAAUGGUACUACCCUUCAAGCCCGUUCCUAUUCUAGAAAUCCCAGAGUAUGGCAACUUGUCUGCAGUUUAUGUAUAUGAGAACUUAAAGAUUCAAAGUCAGAACGACAAGGAAAAAUUAACCCAAGCUAAAGAGAUGGUUUACUUAAAAGGAUUUUACGAUGGAGUUCUUUUAGUUGGUAAAUACAAGGGGAGCAAGAUCCAGGAUGUUAAAAAGAAUUUGCAGACAGAAUUGAUAAAAGCAAACAGUGCCGUAAUUUACUAUGAACCUGAGAAGACGAUUAUGUCAAGAUCUGGCGACGAAUGUGUAGUCGCACUCUGUAAUCAAUGGUAUUUAGUAUAUGGUGAAGAAAAGUGGAAAGCACAAGCAGAAAAAGCUUUGGCAGCAAUGAACACUUACCAUGAAGAGGUUAGAAAAAAUUUCCAUGCCACUCUUAGCUGGCUACAUGAGUAUGCGUGCUCGAGGACUUAUGGUCUUGGCACUAAACUUCCAUGGGAUCAACAAUGGGUGAUUGAAUCUCUAUCGGACUCUACCAUUUACAAUGCUUAUUAUACAAUAUCUCACUAUCUCCAAGGUGGUACAUUCAGAGGAACCGGCGAGAAUGCUCUUAAGAUUAAACCGGAGGAUAUGACAGCGGAAGUCUGGAAUUACAUAUUUUUUAAAGAUGCGCCACUGCCAAAGAAUUCCAAAAUAGCCAGGGAAUCAUUAGAUCUUAUGAAGAAAUCCUUCCAGUUCUGGUAUCCAGUGGAUGUAAGAGUAUCGGGUAAAGACCUCAUACAAAACCACCUGACCUUCUAUAUCUACAACCACUGCGCGAUAUGGCCGGACGAGGAAGACAAGUGGCCCAAAGGCGUCAGGGCCAACGGUCACCUAAUGCUGAACUCCGCGAAGAUGUCGAAGUCCGAGGGCAACUUCUUGACGCUCUCCGAGUCGAUAGAGAAGUUCAGCGCGGACGGCAUGCGGCUAGCGUUAGCCGACGCGGGGGAUUCCGUGGAGGACGCCAACUUUGUGGAGAGCUCCGCCGACGCCGGCAUACUGAGGCUCUACACGUUUAUCGAAUGGGUGAAAGAGGUUAUGGCCACGAAAUCCACCCUUAGGACAGGCGAGUACAACUUCCACGACAAGGUGUUCGUCAGCGAGAUGAACGCCAAAAUCAACCAGACCGACGAGAACUACGGCAGGAUGCUGUUCAAGGAGGCGCUGAAGAGCGGCUUCUUCGAGCUGCAGGCGGCACGGGACAAGUACAGGGAGCUGUGCUCUGACGGCCUGAUGCACGCCGAAGUGGUGACCCUUUACAUAGAAGUCCAGGCCAAGCUUGUGUCGCCAAUUUGCCCUCACGUCGCCGAACACGUCUGGGAGCUACUGGGCAACAAGAAAAGUAUACUUCACGCACGUUGGCCUGUAGCGGGUGAGAUAGACGAAGUCGCCGUUAAAGCCAGCACUUACCUUAUGGAGGCUGCUCAUUCGUUCCGCAUCUACCUGAAGAAUCAUUGUGCUGUUAAAAAGCCCAAGAAGGGCGAAACUCCUAAGCCAGAGAAGAAACCAAACAGAGCAGUGAUAUGGGUUGCCAAAGAAUAUCCCAAGUGGCAGCAUAUUAUACUGAGCACUCUGAAAGAGCUUAAUGGGCCUUCAGGUCUUCCGGAUAACAAGAGCAUCUCAACUAAGUUGGGGGCUAUAGCAGAAUUAAAGAAAUACAUGAAGCGGGUCAUGCCUUUCGUCCAAGCUACCAGAGAGAACAUGGAGCGAGUGGGGAAAGAUGCCUUAUCCGUCGCAUUACCGUUUGACGAAGCUGCCAUCUUGCGGGAGAAUAAACAAUAUCUUCUUAAUACUUUAGAUUUGGAUACCAUUGAAGUUAAGUUCACUGAUAGUCCUGAUGCUCCUGAGAAGACUAGGGAAGAUUGUGCCCCUGGAGCUCCACACAUUAACUUUAUCGCCGAUCCUGGACUGGAUGUAACUUUCAUAAACCCCAUGCCCUUGAAUGGGCUCUUUACUCUUUCUGUUUGCUUGGUAGAUGGAGAAACCAUUGAGAAAGUAAAAGCUAAGAUUGCUAAGGAGGUUAAGAUGAUAAAAGAUGUAACUUGUCUGAAGGUUUGGCGAUACAAGGACCCGAUUUUAGGACCGAGAAAAAUACCGGUUGUUAGAGACCAUGAAGAUAAAUGUGUUCCGUUAGAGAACAGUUGUGUAUUAAAGGUAGAUGUCACCAACAAUAAGAUUGAAAUAGUUUCACAUGGAAUCAGCAUCAAUGUAGGUUUACAAUUAAUGUACACCUAUGAAAAG